AUUCGGUUGCUGAAGCAGAACAUAGAGUAGAUGGUAUCAAUGUAAAUGAAAGAGCUCAAAGAAUUAUCUGAUAAGUCUGAUAUCGAUAUGCAUGCGGUAAACAAAAGAAGUAGCCCUGUACGGAUUUCGCCGCAAAAAGCGAGAGCUCAAAGGAGUGCAUGGGCGCAUUUUCGCGACAUGACGCGUACACAAAAUCGAAACCUACAAACUAUGCGACGUGAGAGUAAAUGGAAUGAAUACCGAGGCGGAAAUAUAGAAAUGAAUCGAUUUAUAGAUCAAAACAUGCAGCAGGAUUAUGAAAAGCAACUGGAGUUGGCAUCAGAAGAAUAUGUUUUGGAUCCUGCCGAAUUAGAGGCGGAACAAGAAGAGGAGUUGCAGGAAGUUCCUGUUGAAUUUGAGUAUGCAGCCUCUAUUUGAUACUUUAUCCUCGUAUUGAUGGUGAAAAUGAACUAAAGUGCUGGUCAUUGGUCUUUUCACCGUCAUAUAAAAAACACAUUGGAUUUAUUCCGUAUUUGAGGUGAGGUGGAUAUCAUGGUUUUUUUCGUUAUUAUUUAUUUACAAUUGCAUGAAUGAAUGGAUUCGGACA